CAGCGGAAACAUCAUCCUUCGCCUUCUUGAUGGAGCAUUUUCUAAUCUUCCCUCCAUCAAGGAUAUUAAGCUGUCCUCCAACUUUAUACAAAAGCUGAGGUACCAAGCAUUCAAAGGCCUUUCAUCCAUAGAAACAUUGGAUGUAUCUAGUAAUAUUCUUGACGAUAUUGGACCAGAAACUUUCAGUUCAAUGAGCAACCUGAGAGUUUUGAGUCUGAGAGGGAACAACAUUACGUCGUUACAGGGCUUGUUUCAGAACUGCACUAAUCUAACGCAUCUCUACCUUCAAGAUAACAAAAUUGAACAGAUUCCAGACGGGGUAUUCAACUCACUUCAAAGCCUACGAGUUCUAUAUCUAAACAACAACAAAAUCAAGAGAAUCAGCCAAGACUCAUUUCUUGGGCUGGUGUCUCUGCAAACACUAUAUUUGCGUAGCAACAAGAUUUCAGCAAUCACAGAUGACUCGUUUAGAAGUAUGGCUCACCUUCGUCAUUUGACACUUGACCACUUCACUCUUUGCUGCUACGCCUCGAUAGCUCUUCCUAACGUCGACUGCAAAGCACCUAACGACGAGUUUUCAAGCUGUGACGACCUGAUGAAAGACAAGACCCUCCAAGUCUGCAUCUGGGUGCUUGGCAUCUCUGCUUUCUUUGGGAAUAUAUUCGUUGUUGCUUACCGUCUAGUCGUCCGUGAAGACAAUCGGGUUCAAUCCCUUCUAUUGACGAACCUUGCUAUCUCUGACUUCAUGAUGGGCCUCUAUUUGCUUAUAAUUGCCUUCAAAGAUGUGCAGUGGCAAGGAGAGUACUUCAAGUACGAUCUGAGUUGGAGAGUCAGCGGAUUGUGUCAGUUCGCAGGGGCGCUCUCAAUGAUCUCAAGCGAAGUCUCGGUGCUUAUGCUGACCAUCAUAACUUUAGACAGAUUCAUAUGUAUCGUUUUCCCUAUGAGGUUUGGCAGACUUGGCUUGAAGAAAGCUUUUGCACUAUGUAUUCUUGUAUGGACAUUUGGAAUGCUCAUUUCCAUUGUGCCAAUUCUGGGGAUUGAAUAUUUCUAUGACGAGCAGUUGGAAAUUGGAUUCUAUGGCCGUUCCUCUGUAUGUCUUCCUCUUCAGCUUAGCUCAGAUCGCCCGGCUGGAUGGGAGUACUCUGUCUCUUUCUUUAUUGGGCUAAAUUUUAUGGCUUUCAUGUUCAUACUGGUCGCUUACAUCGCCAUAUUUUGGACAGUGCGAAAGUCUUCAGCAGCGGUAGGAUCCAGGAACGCUAAGAAAGAGGCUGCUUUGGCAAGAAAGUUGAUGGCUAUCAUUAUGACUGACUUUUGUUGCUGGAUGCCUGUGAUUUUCAUUGGGAUAUUGUCGCUUACUGGAGAUUUUCGUGACCCACAAAAAUUGGCAUACGUUUGGAUAGCGGUGUUUGUUUUACCCGUAAACUCUAGCAUCAACCCCAUAUUGUACACUUUUUCUGGGCAUGUCAAGAAACUGGCGAUGCAGUACAGCCGAAGCAUGUGGGAAUUCUUACAGAACAAGGUGUCAUCAACAGCCUCCGUUCAAGCGAGCCCCGGUCACAGUCGUUGCAGGGACGACAAGAAACAUGUCAUUGCACAAAAAGUGUCCUCCGAAGGCUCCUUGACACUCAAGAUCACCGGAAGAGCAGAGAUUUUACCGGAAUCCGGCAACGGGGUGGGCUACAUCAAAGGCUUCGUGUCGGGCGCGACGACAGAGCAACUGCUAAAGGUGUUUCCAGAAAAAAAUGCGAAGGAAUUCAAACAUGAGGUAGCAGUGUUGAAGAAAAUAAUAUCGGCUCAAGACCACGACAAUCUGCUCAAAUAUCGCUGGCACCAGAAAGGCAAAUCUCUUGUUUUUGACAUGGGCGAUGCACAAGGGAUUAACUUGAACUCUAACUACAGGGUAAUCUGCUUCGAUUACCCCCCAUCCAUGUCAACCUUGAGUGCUUUUCUGUGUGAGGCUGAUUUCACAGUUAGCCUAGAGACUCUUCUAGCAAUCAUUAUAGACGCAAUGCAGGGGGUCGAGCACCUUCACAAGCAUGGCGUCGCCCAUGGCAACAUCAAUCAAGACACUGUACUUGUCUGUCAGGCGAGAAGGACGCCUUCCAUCAAAGUGUGUAUCGGAGGUUACGAAACCGCUCGGAUAAUUGCCAGAAGAGAUACAGAAGCUUAUCGGAUAGACGUCCAUCAACUUGGAAAGCUUCAACAACUGACUCUGCGAAGCUGUGGAUACGACAAAGACAUAAGUGCACAGAUACGAGAGGUGAUUGACAUGUGCUACUGGGAUGCGACCAAUUGGAAGCUCAGAGUCUCGGAAAUACGGCAACAGCUAGAGCAGGCGUGGAUAUCAACCAACGAUCGGGAAACCCGUGUUUAAAGUGAGCCAGCACAGCAAGUCAGCCUCCAAGAUACGUCACAUAUACAGCAUGCGCGAAGCACCGCUAUAAUGCACUUGUAGUCUGUUAGUACACCUCUUGUCUAAUGGCAACUAUCAAUCAAACGGAAAUAAGAAGGUGGCCUACAUAAUAUGUAGAUUUAGGUGGUGCCUGAAAGCGUACCCGCAUUGAACAUCUUUUUCUGUUGACUGAUUAAGGUAGUUUUAUUUGGAUCUGGGUGUCCAUGGAUCUAGGUGUCUUUAGAAUUUUUUAAUGAUAUUAAAAUCUCCAAAUUUAUUACCGUUAAGUAAAUUAUAAAUUUUAUUGGCCCCUCGAAAUGGGUCAAGCCCUUAUUCAAUAAUAUCGAGUAUGCAAUAUUUACGCAAACAAACACGAAACCUGGUGUGGAAAAGGCUGGCAAAGUUCAAAGUGUCUUAGUUGACAGAAAAUAUUUGUCAAGAGUCAAGAAGUCAAUUCUUAUUUCCCUUCAUGGGGGUCUGCCCUGAAGAAGUCUUAUAAAAGACGAAUUAUUUGGCAGAGUCGAAUACCAGUUUUUGGUGUAUUGUAUUCCAAUGAUUCCAAAAAUAUGGCUAGACAGUUUAGAUGACAUACUGUAGUUUUCAUGUACCGCUUUAGUAAUGAUUCCCCAUUUAUUGGACAGAUUAUUCAGAAGAAUGUUUGGAAAUUACAAUCCACAAAUAGACCUCCUGUCAUGCAUCAUGUAUUGUUGCACCCACCCUUUAGCAAAUGGUGGCCUGUUGUUUUCCAAAACUCCGGAUGCACCCAUUGCAACUCCAAAAUUAAUGAAGUGGAUGUAAUUAAAAAAUAUCUAAGACAUUACUACAAGUCCUCGAUUUCAAUUCCUAAUUUCAAACCAAACAUGUUCACUGAUCAAUUUUAGAUGUAGACAGGAAACAGCAAAGAAUAUCAAUUGGAAAAACAAAUAGUAAAUAGCGAGCGGGAAAAGGACGAAAUGUGACUCUCCUUAAAAAAAUAAAUACUCUUAUGGAUGAAACAGCAAUCCAAUCAUAGAAUUACAUAGUUAGACAAUUAUAUAGCUUAGUUUCCUUACUGAAGUGUUCAUGUAUCACUUACUGGUGAUUCUAAAUCCUCAAGGAAAUUAAAAUCCACAAAUAUAACUCAA